AUGUGAGAAACAAAAUAAAAUUCCUCUAUCUAGCGUUCAAUAUUUCCCCUUGGAGUUCUCUUUCUUUUGUGCCCUAGAAAAGAUGAGAAACCAGGAAGUGAGAGAUGUAGAGGAUAUGAGCGGCAGCGGCAUUGAGAUGAUCCGAAAGAAGGUGGUGGAGGAAUGGGGUUUUUUUUGCAUAUCAUCAUCAAUAUUUUAACAAGGAAGAGUCUCCUGAUUGGCGUUACCCUUAUCAUUUCCCCGAAAGCACCCAUCGCAAAAUGCUAGAAACGUUUUAUAAAGGUUGCGCCGAGAACACAAGCUUUAAGUUCUCAAUUGAGGCAGUGACAGUUGGUGGGGUGGGGCUUUCUAGCUACUCCGAGCUGCUAAAGAUUACUGAUUUCAAGACUAGGAGCUUUAUUCAGAAGACUCUUUCAGGAAGAUUGUUCGGUGGCGCCAUUGUUGAAGGAUCUGAAAAACGGCUUGUGAUUGUAAAGACAUGGGAUGUUCUCCUUCCUUACAGGCAUUAUCUUGCUCAACGUCUACCUAAAUUUUGUGAUGAGAUUGAGUUAUUCACAGAUACAACAGCAAAUAUGCAUCCAAAUUUGGCGAAAUUGUGUACAUUCUGUUGUGACACAAGGCUUGCAGCUGUCUAUGAGUAUGAUGAAAAAUGUACCGGACUCUUGUCUGAUGUUCUUCUGGAUGAUAAAUUUGGGUGGAGUAACAGGAUAAAAGUGGCAGCUCAACUUGCAGAUCUCUUGGCAUUCUUGCAUCAGAAGGGGAUUGCAGUUGGUUGUGUUACUGCAUCAUGUAUUAUGAUAGAUGAGGAAGUGAAUAUAAAAGUAUUUGACUUUGGUUACGUUUCUAAUCAUGUGAACGAGGAUUCUAAAAUUCCUAUUGAGUUUGUUGUCGGCAGGGAUGCUCCACUACGUGAUCCAGGCAUGUUUGCUCAGACUUCAUCAUCUCUGAUGUUUUCAUGCUGUAGAUCAACGAUUUUCUUACAGUUGCCUAUGUAAUGCAUGAUAUGCAAUGCGUCAUCUAAAGCCUGCCAUCCCCCCCCCCCUUUCUUUGCAUUUUCCCUUUAUCUUCUCCCCUCAUUACCUCAGUAAUGUGCGAGUUAUGUGUAGUUGUUUGACAAGAUAGUCUCUAACUGGAAUAUUGGCCUGAGCCUAUGGUUCGUUAUGAAACUGAUAUGAAGACCUUAAUAAUUAAGGUGAACUAAGAUAGUUAAAAUGGCUGGCUAAAAUAUAAGCAUGAAAAUAUCUGAUACUUGAGUCAUGGAAGGGCGGUUGUUUCACAUCCUUGAAAUUUGCAUUCUUAAUUCCUGAUGCCGUAAAUUACUAUCUUUUUUUUGGUGAUUUUUAUAAAUACUGAAUCCUCCUUUAAUUCAUCUUUAACAUCUUUUGUCUCGCAUUCAUCAACCAAUUGUUUUUUGUCGCGUUUAGCCUCAAAAGUUGAGGAAUCAUACUCCUCCUUAGUUAUCAGCUCCAGCAGUAGAAUGCCAAAUUGAUAAACAUCACAUUUCAUCGUCCGCUUACCUGUAUUAAUCAAGAAAAUACAAGAACAUAACCGUUUUUACUGGACAAAAGACAAUAAAAUAUGUAAAAGUAUGCAUAUAAUACAAACAACAAAUAUUGACGACAUCUACUCAAGGGUCAUAAUUCUUAGUUCAGACGUCUUUUCAUAAGCGCUUUUCUAUUUCGGCCAAAAACAUAAAAAUAUGAGAUUCUUGGCAGCGUCAACUGAGGACUUAAUUACACGCUAAUGAAAAACGUAUAGGAACAAUGCAUCACAUAAGUCUUCAGUAAAAUUAAAAGAACAUCAUCAGAACUUAGUAUUCGUUCAGGAUAUAUAGCUAGAUACGGAACGACAACCAACAUCAAUUUGUAAGUUGUAAGGCUUCAAAGAAGCUGAUCAUACAAUUGCUAUCACACUCCUAACACUCAACUGCAUGGACUUUGAUCCAAAGAAAAGGCCAACGAUGAGGCAUGUUUCUGAAGCUUUGAAUGCAAUGACAGUGAGAGGGGAGAAACGCAAAAGAGAUGAAAUUGAGUCAGAAUAGGAUAAGCUAUACCCUCUAAGCUUAGUUGCUUUUUCUUUUUGUAUAACUUGAAUUAGUAAAGUAGUUGCUAGGCUGUCUUCGUAGAGGAAGCAGUCUUCUUCUGAAGCUUUAUGAAUGAUUCCUGAAAAUUUGAUUGUACUAAAUACCUAUGAACCGGAGAUGUUCCAGCUCUUUAAACAGAUUAUUGUAGGCACCCAAAUUGUCCCCUUUUUCCUCUUGCUAUUUGAACUCUUUCGUGUUAAUUCGAUGUGCAAUGGUUUCUACCAUACUGGUUUCUUUUUUGGCUGCUUAUUCUCUUUCGAGUUAGCCGAUGUGCAUUUCCAAUCUUUAUCAAGUGGUGCUGUUGUAACGCUAGAUUGCACUAUUUCAGUAGUGCGCGCAAUUGAGAGCAUAUUAAUGGAAAAAAGUUUUCCUUUCCACCCUGUGCUAAUUCUGUGACUUCUACCGUCGAUCCAACUCCUUCGCUGAACUUUCGCUUGAUUCACCCCUUCAGCUAACAAAUAAUCCAAGUGACAAUGGACAAAAAUUGCAGUCUUGAUGAGGCGUCAACAUUAGUAGCUGUAAUGGUUUAAACUUUUUUCAAAUAAAUGUGUCAAGAUGCAUAUCACAGAGAAAUUUUACAAUGUGUGAGGCAUGCCACAUCAUACUUGAGUGAGGCUAUUUAUCGUGUGACACAUGGAACAAUGGACCCCACCCUUCAUUAUCACUUCUCCAUCACAAUUCACCUACUCACUUUCCGGUCAUUCCUCAUUUUUUUUUUCUAACUCAUUCUCCGCCGCACGGACUUCACCCCCCUUUAUAUCCUCUUCUCUUGUUUUAAAUCCUAUAAUUAUUUUUCUUUUACAAAUCCAUUCGAUUAGCUCUUCUUUACUACUGAACUUUGUACCCAAAAAAGAGGUUUGAAUUUAUGAAAUAUUUCAAUCACAUGUCAGAAACACAAGACCCAGGAUAACAACAAAAAGAUGAAUUUUGAAGCAAGAAGCUCUCACAAAAUUAAAGUUAAUUAGCUUAAUCAAUGAGCAAAUGC